AGUGUUACGUUAGUAUAGAAUAUUGUCGAAUGUUUUGAUGCAAAUAGUUCAAAAAUUCGACUUCAGCGGCAUUUCACGUCGGUAAAACUUCUGUAGCUUACGCAUCGGAACCGAAUACAAAAAGAGCGAAUCUACCGCCAUCACUGGAUUGGCAGCGCGCGCGAAAUUCGAUUUUCUAUUCCAUGCCCAUCUGAUAGCAUCGGAUAAAAAUGGUCGACGAGUCCCGCGGACCUUGUUAUUUUUGCUGCAGUAAAAUCCAACAACAAUUUUGUUGAUCCGCGCCGUUCAACAUCGUGUAGUUGCUCUCGAUUAACGAGCUCGUGCGGAUGUCCGAAGAUCCACCAAACUAGACGAGAUGACGCAAUUCCUGCCGCCUAAUUUAUUGGCGCUUUUUGCGCCGAGGGAUCCAAUCCCUUACCUGCCCCCAGUCGCAAAACUACCGCAUGAGAAGAAAACCCGUGGCUAUCUGGGCGUGGGAAAUUUCAUGAACCUUUUCGAAGAUCCUGAAGACACUCCUCCUCCAACUAAAAUAGAAACGCGAGAAGAGCGGUUGGAGCGUCGACGUAGAGAAAAAGCUGAACAAGUUGCAUACAAAUUAGAACAAGAAAUUGCUCUAUGGGAACCUCACUCUGUGGCAAAUGCAACAACAGAUCCUUUUAAAACUUUAUUUGUUGCCAGAAUCAAUUAUGAUACUUCCGAAUCAAAACUUAGAAGAGAGUUUGAACUUCAUGGUCCUAUUAAAAAAAUUGUUGUCAUACAUAAUAAGAUUGAUGGUAAACCAAGAGGGUAUGCUUUCAUUGAGUACGAAUAUGAACGUGAUAUGCAUUCUGCUUAUAAACAUGCUGAUGGAAAAAAAAUUGAUGGGCGCAGAGUGUUGGUCGAUGUCGAGAGAGCACGUACUGUCAAAGGGUGGCUUCCAAGAAGAUUAGGUGGUGGAUUAGGGGGUACAAGACGUGGAGGACCAGAAGUCAAUUUGAAACAUUCAGGUAGGGAAGAUAAUGAACGUGAAAGAGAAAGGUAUGCUCGUGAAAUGGCUGGUAAUCGUUCUGGCCGUAGUGUUACUUUGGAAAGAGAUCGAGAACGUGAUUAUCGUGAUCGAGAUAGAGAUCGAGAUCGAGAGGCAAGGCGCCCUCGUAGUAGAGAUCGCGAAAGAAAACGCCAUCGUUCAAAGUCACGUUCACGAGAACGUAAGAGGCGUCGUAGCAGAGAUCGUGUUAGAGAUCUAGAAUAUGAUGAAGUUGAUGAAGUUCCUAAGUCCAGAGAUAAAGAUCGUGAUCGUGAAAGAAAACGAAAGCGUAGUCGCUCUAGGGACCGCGAGCGUAAGAAGGAUCGUAAAGAUAGAGACCAUCAUAGACAUGACAAAAGUAAAGAUCGUCGUGAUAAACAUGACAAAGACAAUUCUGAACGUGAUGAAAAAGUUCACAUUAAACAAGAGCCUGUUGAUGAUUAUGAUAAUUAUGACAAUUAUAACGAGUACGAUAAUUACAAUAGUGCUCAUGAAGAAUAUGAUCCAGAUAUGGUUAAGAAGGAAGAACCUGAUGAAGAUAAUGCUAAUGGCAGCCGUUAUAGUAGCUCUUAUUAUACAAAACCAGAGCGUGGUGAAGAUUUCAACGAAAAUGGACAAACAGAUAAUUAUGAUGAAUGAUUUUAUAAUUUUUUUGGUACUGAUUAAACACUCUUUUUUUGCACUUUAGGUUAUAAAUAUUACGAUUUUCAUAACUGUA